AUGGCUGCAGUCGAGACGAACGGGAACGGAAUAGCUCAGGAAGAUGCGACCAAACCGCCAGAGGGUGUGGUCGUGCCGCCUAAAGACAUUAGAGCCAUUGUAGAGAAGACUGCAGGUUAUGUUGCUCGCAACGGUCCUAUAUUUGAACAACGAAUUCACGAAAAGGAAAAGAGCAAUCCCAAAUUCUCAUUCCUGAGCCCCGGCGAUGCGUACGAGGCCUUUUACCAGUGGCGACUCACAGAGAUCAAGGAGGGGCGAGGGACUGAUGUUGCGGCUGGACGACCAGGCGAAGCCCAAGCUACGCCUGUGCCAGAAAAACCACAGGGCCCUGCCGCGCCGCCAGAUUUCCAUUAUUCGGCUCGAAUCCCUAUUAUAAAUGCACAGGACUUGGAAGUCGUUAAAUUGACAGCCCUUUUCGUCGCGAAGAGAGGCAAGUCAUUCAUGACUUCGCUAUCGCAACGGGAGGCGCGGAACUAUCAAUUUGAUUUCUUACGACCACAACACAGUUUAUACCAAUUUUUCACGCGGCUGGUGGAUCAAUAUACCAUUUUGUUAAGCCAAGAAGGCAUCGAUGCGAAAACGACGGAAAAGCGACGUUUGGAGGAAUUAGAACGCAAUGUCAAGGAUAAACGACACGUUCUGGGUCGCGCCAAACAGCGCGCCGAGUGGGUUAAACACCAAGAGCAGCAGAAGCAGAAGAAGGAGGAGCAAGAAGAAGAAGAGCGUAUUGCGUAUGCCCAAAUUGAUUGGCACGACUUUGCCGUUGUCGAAACGGUUCUUUUCACCGAUGAAGAUGACCAAAUAGAGCUACCGGCUCCGGCUUCACUCGGUGAUCUCCAAUCAGCGUCCCUGGAACAGAAAGCAGCCAUGUCGCUCAACCCGCUUCGUAUCGAAGAAGCCAUGCCUACAGACGAGAUGGAACCCGUAUACUACAACGCCUAUCCAGCGGAGCAAGCUGGCCCCAUGCAACCAACCUUUGACCAGCAAGCCGCAGCACCUGCUGGUAUGGAUCAGCACUACCCACCAGCUCCUCAAUACCCCGUUGUUCCGGUAGCGGCAACAGAAGAAGAGCAACGUAUCCGCGAGCGUACGGAAGCCCGAGAUAAAGCAUCCGCCGCGCAAGCAGCAGCUAAGGGACAGCCUUCGAUGCGGAUCCGCUCCGACUAUGUACCGCGAGCGCAGACCCGGCGGCAAAAUGCUGCAGCGACAGCUCUCUGUCCCAACUGUAAGCAGCAAAUCCCCGUCGCCGAACUCGACCACCACAUGCGCAUCGAAAUGCUCGACCCACGCUGGAAAGAGCAGCGCGAAAAGGCCGACUCGCGCGCAGCCACGACCAACCUGUCCACAGUCGACGUUGUCAAUAAUCUUAAGCGUCUAGCCAGUCAGAGAAGCGAUGUAUUUGACUCGACUCACAGUCUCGCUGGUGGACCUGAAGAGUCCGAAGAGGAAGCGCGUCGAAAACGCAUGGCGUUGGCACCCGGAGCGCAGGGCUACGAAGGCGCUCCUAGCGGAUAUCCUCAAAUGCCAACCGUUGGCCCAACAGUUAAUGCCCAAAAUCCGCAAACGAUGAACGUUCAAGAACAAAUUCGCAAUCUUCACGAAAGGUUUGGACAAAGGCCUCCAGGCAGUGGGUAG